UGCUAGUCGCGCUCCCGAUGGCCUCCUCGAGCAGCCAGCGUUCGUGCCAGCAACAACAGCGGCACGGCAAAAAGCAGCCGUCUACUGGCUGCACCUCCUCCAGGGUCUGCAGAUGCGUCAGGGUCUUCUUCGGUCACCUUUUCUCCAACCUCGGCCUCUUCGCCAUCGUCGUCGGCUACGUGCUCCUUGGUGCGCUCAUGUUCGAAAACCUAGAGGCUGAGUUUGAGUUGCAGCAGAGGGGAAACAUCAAGAGGUACAGGGACGACUGCCUGAAGGAACUCUGGCAAAUUACAGAGCGGUUAAACGUGCUGUACGAACAAAAUUGGACGCAACUCGUGCAUGAACAGCUGAGACGGUUCGAAACUAACGUCGUGGCGGCUGCCAAGCUCGAGGGUUACGACGGAAAAGAUCUUUUAGACUCUGAGAGGCAGUGGUCCUUCAGCGGUGCUCUCUUGUACUCCGUCACCGUCAUCACUACAAUCGGUUACGGAAAUCUGGCACCAAAGACUCCGGCCGGCAAGAUCCUGACGAUAAUCUACGCCGUGUUCGGAGUGCCGCUGAUGCUGCUGUGCCUGUCCAACCUGGGCCAUUUGCUGGCCAACACGAUCCAGUUCGCCUACUCGCACGUGUGUUGCAGCCUGCAGCGCGGCAGGAGCGCGUCCAGGAGGCGCAGACAUACGCCGUGUCGGCACGUGGGGAAUGCGCAGUGCACCGCCGAGGAGGGCGUCUCGCCGACCGCCAUCGUGACCAUUCCGCCCCCGGAGCAGUUCAAGAAGCGGCCUCCGCCGCCUCCGCCGAGACUCACGCCUCUCAAGCCCAAGCUGCUGGCCCAGGACGUGAGGCAGCUGCUGGUCGAGUGCGCAGAGUACACGGCCGCGCAGGCCGCUGAGUCGGCCGCUUCGCACAAAAUGCUGCACGAACUCCGCCACACCGACCACACUGCCCUGGACGACGAAGACUGCUUGGACUCCGCCUCUAGAUACCACAGUUCGUUGGAGCGGAACGCGAACACGCCGACGAAGCAGCCGUUGAUCCAGUGUUCGCCGCCGGCGUCGGUGCCAUCGACGACGAUGUCGAGUCUGCAGCAGCGACAGUCGUGCUCGAUGGAGCUGCCCGCACCGGGGUCGGCGUGUUCGAGCGACAACAGCUCCGAGAGGAGGUCGUCGUCGUCAUCGUGCGAGGCGGAGAGCAACAACAAGCGGCGGCGAGUGCCGGUGACGCUGGUGCUGGUCAUCCUCAGCGGCUACAUCUGCCUGGGCGCGACGGUGUUCGCCGCCUGGGAGGACUGGUCGCUGCUCGACGGCGCCUACUUCUGCUUCAUCACGCUGUCCACGAUCGGCUUCGGCGAUCUGGUGCCUGGCAAGUCGUUCCAGCGGGCGGCCAACCCGGACGGCGGCCAGAUCCAGCUGGUCGUGUGCUGCGCCUACCUGCUCGUCGGCCUCGUGCUCAUCGCCACCGCCUUCUCGCUCGUGCAGGAGGAGGUCGUCCUCAAGUGCACAAAAGCCGCCCGCUGGAUCGGCAUCUCCACCAAGAAGUGAUGGCCGACAAAGAACCAAGUCCGGCCGACUCGAAUUCUUUCACUCUUGCAUCGACGCGUGUCUCGCGUUUAUUUCUUGUUUACUUCCGUGCCACGCAGCUACACGCAGUGAUUUUUUGACAUUAAUUCGUUUAUGCACAUUUUUGCAAUUCACCAGUUGCAUAAACCCUAAGUGUUCGAAGCCGCCAACAGAUGGCGCCACCGUAGACUUUCGCUUUUAAGACACUUCCGCUGCGAUUUCAGACUCAAUCUAGCUAUUUUGCUUUUUUUUAAUUAAUUUGC